AUGGUUAUUCUGUUUGCCAUAGUCCCAGCUGGCAAACAGCUGGAGGAUGGGCGCACCCUGUGUGACUACAACAUCCAGAAGGAGUCCACUCUGCACCUGGCCCUCCGCGUCAGAGGGAGCAUGCAGAUCUUCGUGAAGACCUUGACUGGUAAGACCAUCACCCUGGAGGUGGAGCCCAGUGACACCAUCGAGAAUGUCAAGGUGAAGAUCCAGGACAAAGAUGGCAUCCCCCCUGACCAGCAGAGGUUGAUCUUUGCCGGGAGACAGCUGGAAGAUGGGCACACCCUGUCUGACUACAACAUCCAGAAGGAGUCCACUCUGCACUUGGUCCUGCUCUUGAGGGGAGGUGUCUAAGCUCCCCCUUUUAAGCUGUUGACAAAAUUCAUUGCACUUUUCUUUCAAUAAAGUUGUUGCAUUC